GUGCCUGCCCCCAAGCCGGAUCUGAUAUGCUGACGUGUCGGCUCCUCAAGCCCAGUGCCCAUGUUCCAGCGGCAGAACCAAGGCAGUCAAUAAGACUGCCAGCAUGGAAGGAAAACACUAUAGACAAUGCUUUUUAUUACUUUUAUUUAAUUUUACUUCAAUUGCAGCUGUGGAUAAAAGGUUCUCCGACUUUAAAAGCUGUGCCGAUACGGACUGUAGCAUGCUUUUGUGUCGGGGAAAAGCUGUGAAAGAUUUCACUGGACCAGAUUGUCGGUUCUUGUCUUUUAAAGAAUCUGAAACUAUCUAUGUAUACUACAAACUGUCAGGCAGAAGGUCAGACAUAUGGGCCGGAAGUGUUGCAAAUAAAUUUGGCUAUUUCCCAAAGGAUCUUCUUGCAGUUAACCGUGUUUAUACUGACAAGGAGCAUAUUGUUAAAGCAGAGGAAACAGAUUUUGUCUGUUUUGACGAUGGAUUUGACAAGUUUGACAAUUACAACAUAGAUUUUCUCUUAGGCUCAUUGGAACAGGGGAAUGAUGGUGAAAAAAAGGGAAUGUCUGACCAAAUCCAGGUGGCAGAGGACACUCUUGAAGAAACACAGCCAUCAGUAGAAGAAGCAACUAUCAGUGAAAAUCAGCCUACACUCCAUGAUAAAUCAGAUCUUGAUAAAGUUCCUGAUGAUCAAAGUGCCUCUAUAUCUGAACUUGAUGUGGCAAAUGAACCACCUCCAGUGAAAGUAGUAGAGUCUGAUAGAGCAGCUACCCUUGAUACCACUGAAAGAGCUGCCGAAGACACCAAAACUCAGCAGAAAAAUGCAGUAGAGUCUAUUCUUGAAAAUGUGUCAGAAAGGAGCGAAACCAAAGAUACAUCCACAAAACCUGAAGUGGAAUAUGUGCCUAAAGAUGGCGAUAUUUCAGAAAAUGAACCAGUUUCAAUUUCUGAAGCCAUGCAAAUCCCCAAGUUUAAAACUACCCUUGGCACAACUUUUGAUGCUGUCACCACCGAUGAAGAAAUCACCAAAAAAGUCACCCCAUAUGAAGAGGAGGAAAGCAAAGAAGUGGAAAACCAUCCUGAAGAUGACAUUGAUGUUAAGGAAAAGACACCAUUGUUGUCUUUCUCUAAAGAACGUGUAAGCACUCCAGUGUCCGAUUCCCUUGAACGACAAGAAAUUCCUCCAACAACACAUGAAAGGAGUGACACCAAAGAAACACCCACAAAGGCUGAAGUAAAAUCUCUGUCUAAAGAUGAUAUUGUUUCAGAAGAUGAAACAGUCUCUACUUCUGAAGGAGUGCAAAUUCCUGAGUUGAAAACUACGUUUGGAACAACUUUUGAUGCUGUCACCACUGAUGACGAAAUCACUAAAAAAAUUACCCCAUAUGAAGAAGAGGAAAGCAGUGAAGAUGUGGAAAACCAUUCUGAAGAUGACGCUAAUGUUAAAGAAAAGACUCCAUUGCUGUCGUUCUCUGAAAAAUCAGCAAGCAGUCUAGUGUCUGAUUCCCUUAAACAGCAUGAAAUUCCUUCAACACAUGGAAACAGUGAAACCCUAGAGACACCAAUAAAGUCUAAAGAAAAAUCUCUGCCUAAAGAUGAUAUUGUUUCAGAAGAUGAAACAGUCUCUACUUCUGAAGGAGUGCAAAUUCCUGAGUUGAAAACUACGUUUGGAACAACUUUUGAUGCUGUCACCACUGAUGACGAAAUCACUAAAAAAAUUACCCCAUAUGAAGAAGAGGAAAGUGAAGCUGUAAAAGAUCAUACUGAAGAUGACACUGAUGUUAAGGAAGAGACACCAUUGUUGUCUUUCUCUAAAGAAUCUGCAAACACUCCAGUAUCCGAUUCCUUCAAACGAGAAGAAAUUCCUCCAACAACACAUGAAAGGAGUGAAACCAAAGACACACCCACAAAGUCUGAAGAAAAAUCUCUGCCUAAAGAUGAUAUUGUUUCAGAAAAUGGAACAGUCUCUGUUUCUGAAGGAGUGCAAAUUCCUGAGUUGAAAACUACGUUUGGAACAACUUUUGAUGCUGUCACCACUGAUGAAGAAAUCACUAAAAACAUAACCCCAUAUGAAGAGGAUGUAAGUGAAGAUGUGGAAACCCAUCCUGAAGAUGACACUGAUAUUAAGGAAGAGACACCAUUGUUGUCUUUCUCUAAAGAAUCUGUAAGCGCCCCAGUGUCCAAUUUCCUCAAACAGCAAGAAAUUCCUCUUGGAGAUGCUGGUUUUCCAGUUGUCCCUGGGGGAGAAAAGACAGCACAAGAUCCGAGUUCAGAGGAUGAGGGGGAAGAAGAAGCUACUGCAAUAACUCAUCCAAGUUUUGAGGAAACAAAAAAAGAUGCGGAAGGACCACUAACAAUAGAAUCACUGAAAGAGCCAGAAAACAGAGCGCAAGUACUUAAAGACCUUCCUGAUUCCAUUUCUUUACAGUCAGAUAAUAAAGAAACAGUUGAUUCUGAGAGGCAUUUGUUUAAUCUUGAGGAGGAGAGUGAUAGAACAGUGAUAAGACCUGAGGAGGGUUUGGCUAAAACACUAAAACUUACUGACGAGCCAGUACACCAUCAAACAGAAGCAAGUGCAAAAUCAGUAGAUCCAGUAUCACAAGAUGAUUUUUUUGCAAGCCCAGAGGAUGAAAAAUCAGAUUUUGAAACAAUACACAAACCACCCAUUGAGGACAAAGAAAAAGAAGAGGCGUCAGAAGAUUCAGAGCUCGGCGAGGAUAAUGUCGAUUUACAAGAUAGUAGCAUUGAUACUGAGCAUAGAGAGGAUUUUGACAGUGCACUGGAGAAAAACAAAAUGGUGACUGAUCAAGAAUUGGUCAUUAUAGAAAGCACAAAAGAUAAGAAUCCAUUCACUGAGGAGACACAAACAAACAAUUUGGUCAAAGAUAAUGAAAAUAUAGUAAAUAUGAGCCUACCUAAUCAGAUAAAUGACAAUUUGAUGAUAGAAAGUAAUAACAGUCAACUAGAAUCAUUUGUUGAGGAACCACAUACUGAGGAGAGGGAAGAUGAGAUCAAUCCAGAGAUAGAGGAAGAGAACAAUGAGGAGAAAGAAGAAUUACUUGAAGAUGAAAAUGCUCUUUCACAGUUAGAAAACAUACACGUUGACAAACCUUCACCUGAAACUGGAACUCUACCUACUGCAUCGACUCUAGAGCCAGAAUACAGCGAUAGUGUCAUGAGACUGACUCUGCUGCGAGAGCACUUCACAGAGGCGUACAUGCAACAUUUCCAAAACCAUCUGGGCCUCAAGAAUCUUUUCAAAGUAGAGGCCAUGUUCUCUGACUUGGACACAGAGUUACAGGCUACCUAUCUCUCAAACACAGGCACCACGCAAGACAUUGAACGUGCACUUGAGAGCAUCCUCGAAACCUCAGAAAAUACUAUCUUGGCAGAGAUUGAGAAGAUGCUGGAUAGCCAGGACACAAAACACAGUUAUCACCACACUAUGGACACAAGUAGUUUGGAUGAAGAAACACAAAUACUAGAUGAGUUUCAGGAGCUUGCAUUCAGGCUACGACACAAGUAUUCAACAGCCAGUGACAGCACGCCUUUGGUCAUGGAAACAGCAUCAGGUAUUGAUAAGGAUGACCAUAAACCGAAUGUUAAAGACUACAUCCCCCACAUAGAUGAAGAAGACAGUGUUGACAGUGUCCCUGAGACUGAGAGUGAUAACCUCACAGUAACAGAUUAUGAGGAAAGGUCAACAGAGAGUGGAGGGGAACAGAUAGUUUUGAAUGAAGUGCACACUGGACCAGACGUCAGUGUGGAAGAGGAUAGUGGACACUUCAACAAAAACAAAGACAACCAGCCAGGACUUAGUGCAUCAGAUGGAAUGCAGAAGGCCCCACAAGCCACUCUGGAAAAUCCUUUAGACGUGGGUCUUGGUGUUGAGAUGGAGCACUCAUCCUCGGGAUCUCUGGACUCAAUGGAACCAGUGUCUGAAAUUCAUGAAGAAAAAGUGGGAUUAUUCUCAACUGUAAUUCUUUACACGGGCUGCAUCCUUUCGAUGAUCAGGAGUAAAACCACAGAGUGGACCAUUGUGAUGAUUUCACUACUGCCAGAAGAGUGGAAGCCAGGAGAGACUCUGUUUGGCUUUCCUUGGCAAGCAGUUGUCAUCACUGCUUUAGUUGGAAUAGUGACCUUCACCCUCUUCUUCUGGAGGACUGUGUUGGUGGUAAAGAAAAGAGAAUACCUUGUGGAUGAAAAAAGCCUCAAAGGGCAAAUACAGGCACUCAAAAAAGAGAAGAGUGAUAUUCUGGAAAAGAUGUCUGAACUCCAGAAGCAGACUGAACAACUGAAAGAAAAUCAAAAGCAGUCAAAGGAAACUGUUAGUGUUACAAUGAAAAUGGUACAAGACCUGGAGAGUAAAGUUUUGGAGGCAGAAACCCAGAAUAACCAGAUGGCUGAAGAGAAGAACACAUACACAAAAUUACUCAAAGAAGAGAGGGCAAAGUCUCUGCAAAAUGAAACCAGGAUUGAGAAGUUGGAGAAGUCAAAUGAGAAGCUACAACUCGCCAGGAAAAAGAUUCAGGAAGCACUUGCUAAGACUACUGUUCUCCUGGACGAGGCCAAGAUUCGUGAAGAUGCCCGAAACGUUCAGCACAAAUGUCUUGAGAAAGAGCAUGCAGCAGCGAAAGAAGAAAACAAAAGGCUUACAGCUACUAUUAAGGACUGGGAGGAAAAACACAAGGAGCUGAGUGAGCAGAUUAAAAUCUAUCACAAGUCCCAGAAAGAGCUUGAAGACUCUGUGGUGCUCAAAGAUCACAAUGUAGAGGUGCUGUCUGAACUUCUGUCAGAUCUCGAUGCUUGCGAUUUACAAAAGAGUGACACCAGAGUUUUAGCCAAUGGAGAAGUUGCACCUGAUAAAAACACAGCCAUAAAGAACAGAAUCAAACAGAUGAUGGAUGUUUCCCGGGUCCAGACAGCUCUCACAGUAGUUGAAGAACAGCGUGAUCACUUCAUGACCAAACUACUUGAUGAAGAAAAGUCUAGAAAGGCACUGGAAGAACAACAUCGGGAGCAGGAGCAUGCAAUUGCAAGCCUAAAAAGUGAGAAGAGCCAUAUUGAAAACCAGUUUAAGGUCCUCCAGCAGAAAAAUGAGAUCAUGGUUGAAAUGUAUCAGCAGAAGGAAAAUGCUCUGCAGCAGAGAUUAACAAAGGAGGAGCUGGAACGACGCAGCAAAGAGAAUUUGCUGUUUGAGGUGGGAGGAAAAGCCCUUGAGGCUGAGGAGCAGGUAAAAGUCUUAAGGCAACGCAUUAAUGAAAUGGAGGAGCAGAUGAAGAAGACAGAGGAAGUCUACAAAGAGCAGAUAAAAGAACAGGAAAACAAAACACACUCUAAUUGGGUGAAUGCUCGUAAUGCAGAGAGAGCCGUGAAUCAGGAGAAGCUUGAAGCAGCAAAGCUCCGUGAAAAACUGGCUGUACUCACCUCGCAGCUAAAUGAGCGGCGCGUUCCUCUCUUCAGACCAAACUCUGGACAGCCUGCAGGUCCUCGCCAAGGUGAUUCAUAUGGGGCCUCUCCUGUGAGUGGGGGCGCACCAUCCCCUCCAAUAAUGAUAGAGGGCCCCAGACGCCCUCCUUCUGCCCCAGUGGGGCGACGAAUUGACCCAUAUGGUCCACGACCUCCAUCAGAACCUCAUGGUCGGUACCCUGAAAACAAACACCUCCCUGGGAUGGACAUGAUGGGCCCCCGUAGCUCGUCACCUGCCAACAUGGAAGGAUCUACACAAGCAGUAGAUCCACACAUUAAAGCUGAGGCCUCCACAGAGAGUCCAGAUCCAGGGCCUGGAUCUUUCCUGGCAUCUCCGAUCAGGGACUCACCUGGCCCUGGACUCAGUGACCCACUCAUGCCUCCUGGACCGCACAGCCGUGUGCCACCACCUGGACCUUACAGACAUCCACGAUUUGGACUCUACCACUUCCCACCUGGACCCCAUGGCCCCCCUCCUCCAAAUGUACCGUCCUCUCUUCACGGGCCUCCGCCACCAGCUAACGGACACCCAGGUAUGCCUCUGCCUGGACCAGUGGGAGGAGACUUUGGACCUCGACCUGCCAACGGACUUGCUUUCCACCCCAGAUUGGGCCCUGGCCAUGUCACUGACCCUCGGGGCCCACCAACACCACACUUCCGCCCCCCUCUGCCUCAUGACUUUGCACCUCCGUCACAUGGUGCUCGUGGACCUAUUGGACCACGUCCACCCAUCCCUCCUGACAUGCGCUUCCCAAGACCUCGUGAACCCACCAGCCCACCAAGGAGCCUGCCCCCGGGUGUCCCACCACAUCCUGGGGAUGUUUAUGAUCAGGCUCCACCCAAUCUUCUCCACAACUCAGCAGGAGCUCACAGUGGCCCAGGACAGUACCUGCAGGUGAAGCAGGAGGCCUCUCAGAACUCGGCAAUGGUCAAGCCUUAAAAAUACCACCAGCUACAGCAGAGGACUUGAAAAUCAUUACCCUGAACACACCAUGUUAACAAACCGGAUCCAGUCCAAACCCAGGCCAUGAUUAUUUUCAUAUUUCAGCUAUAAAAUAAAAACCUUAAACAUUUAUUAAAAACAUGGUUCUUUAAUUAAAAUAUCGUCAAUGAUUGUCUGAAAAAGUAAACAUUCACAGGGUUGUCACUUUUCCUUUUUUAAACAGCUUAUUGUGCAAUAACACUUCAUUAUAUACCAUUUUCAUUAGUGUUGAUCUUUAAAAUUUUAUAAAUAUAUAUGGGGGUGGUGAAUUUUUUAAAUGUCAUUUCCUGUGGAAAUUAUUUUGAAAAAUGACAAAGGAAGAGAGGUUUAGCUUCUAGCAUUUCAGGAAUACCACAGUUUUCCCAAAGCUACAGCUUUAGAACAAAUUACAAAGUAAAUGUGUAAUUGAUGGCCAGAUGUAUAACUUAUUUUACCAUGCUGGUAGAACUUGUAAUAAUAAAGAAUGUAAAAGCGA